AUGAGGAAGAACACUUGGAAGGGGAGGGUGGGUAGGGGGGGUGGUGUAGGUCCAUCUGGAGACAGAUGGCGUGAGUUAAAUCUGAGACAAAUUAGGGCAAUAGGGAGGAGCCCUAGCCCUAAUUAUCACAACUCAGAAACUGCCAUGUUCAUUUCCAUGUCUCAAGAGCUAAAGGAGGAGGGCAACAGAUGGUUUCUAAUGAGGGACUACGAGGGUGCUUUGAUCAAGUACGAUAAGGCCAUAAAAUUGCUUCCUUCGAACCAUCCCGACAUUGCUUGCAUUCGAUGCAACAUGGCUGAAUGCUACAUGCAAAUGGGGCGUGGCGAGUAUUCGAUGGCGAUCCGUGAGUGCGAUGCGGCGCUCGAAGCCGAGCCGGGGUAUAGUAAGGCACUCUUGAAAAGAGCUAGAUGUUAUGAAGCCAUGGAUAGGAUUGAUAUGGCGAUUAAAGAUAUCGAAAACGUGCUUAAAGUGGAGCCGAAUAAUCUAAUGGCGACUGAGAUCGAGCAAAGAUUGAAGAAAGCCUUGAAUAGGCAAGGAUCAAGGUUAGAUGGAGGUUUUAGUCCUUUAGAUCAAAGCAAAAUGUCGAUGAAAAUGAAAGCAAAAGAAGUAGCCGAGGAGGCGAUAAAGGGCGAGUUUAGCGAAGCGCCAACGCCAGCACCAACGCCGAGCCACAAGGAUAAGGAGGCGAGAGAUGUAUUAGACAAACACAAGUCGGAUGUAGGGGUUUUGAUGAGUGUGUCCGAGAAUUUGGUCGAGGAGAAGAACACCGAAGACAAAGUUGUAGUCGAAGAAAAAAUGGCGAGCACCAUCGCGGAUGGUGAGCCUAGAGUAACGUUGAAGUUAGUGUUCGGAGAAGAUAUUCGAAUGGCGCAAGCUUCCGCGAACUUAGACAUAUUACGACUAGGCGAAAUAAUUUCAAAUCGAUUCCCUAGUGUGAAAGGGGGCGUCGUUAAAUACAAGGAUCAAGAAGGCGAUUUCGUGAUAAUCGCCACGACGGAAGAGCUAAGAUGGGCUCAAUCAAAUACACCACAAGGCACCCUCAAGCUAUACAUUUUCGAAGGCAAUCAAAACCGCGACCGGCAUUUUCUCAAGUCUAAAUCCGAGAGGAUCGACAACAACAAAAGAAUCAUCGUCGCGAACAAAAAAGGCGAAAGCUUGAAAGAAAUAGCACGAAAGGAAUCCACGUGCAUCGCGGAUUGGAUCAUCCAAUUCGCGCAAUUCUUCAAGAACUACGUGGGCUUUGAUAUCGACGCCUACAUCGACAUCCACGAGGUAGGAAUGAAGCUCUACUCGGAGGCGAUGGAGGAGACAAUCACGAGCGAAGAGGCGCAAGAGCUUCUAAGCCUCGCAUCCGAAAAGUUCUUGGAAAUGGCGGCAUUGGCCUUAUUCAAUUGCGGCAACGUCCACAUGUCGCGCGCUAGAAAGCGCGUCUACGACACCGGCGAAUCCUCGCGCGACUCCAUGGCCGAGAGGAUCAACCGCGCGCAUGAAUGGGCGCAAAACGAGUUCGCGACAGCCGGACAAAGAUAUGAAGAGGCUUUGCAAAUUAAGGAAAGCUUCUAUGAAGCUGUGCUGGCUUUAGGACAGCAGCAAUUCGAGCAAGCGAAGCUGUCGUGGUAUUACGCCAUCAGCGCAGGCGUGGAUGUCGAAACAUGGGAUUCGGGCGAUGUUUUUAUGCUUUAUGAUUACGCGGAGGCAAACAUGGAGAAGGGGAUGAAGAUGUGGGAGGAGGAGCAGAAGCAACGGGUGAGGGAUCGAUACAAGAAGAGUAGAAUCAAGUCGACGCUCAAGAAGAUGAAGAUCGAGGGACUGUUUCAGGACAUAUCUCCCGAUGAAGUCGAAGACCAGGCGACGAACUUCAGGUCGCAGAUAUAUGUCUUGUGGGGGACAAUUAUGUACGAGAGAUCGAUGAUGGAGUACAAGCUGGGGUGUCCUGUGUGGGAAGAGUGUUUGGAGGAUGCCAUCGAGAAGUUCGACCGCGCUGGAGCUUCGAAGACCGACAUUUCGGUCAUGAUCAAGAAUCAUUGCUCGACCGGCCCUGAAUUGGAAGGGAUGGGAUUCAACAUCGACGAGAUAGUGCAAGCAUGGAAUGAGAUGUACGAGGCGAAAAAAUGGCAACAUAAUGUUUCUUCCUUUCGACUUGAGCCACUUCUUCGUAGGCGAGUUUCAAAACUUUAUCGUGUACUGGAACAUACAUGA